UAUUAUUACUGUUUACAGGACGAGGUAUUUCGUGUCAACAGCCCUUUUGAUGUUUAUGCUUCUGCGUUUUUACUUCACAUCUGAAGAAAGUAUCUGAUAGUUCAAUGGUAUUUUAGACCGGUGUGGACCAAUCAUAUCGCUCCGCGUUGUAAAUGUUCCAUCUCUAUUUCUGGUUGUCAUAUCUUCUCGGACGUUGCAAGGAUGAGUUUGUACCAAAUUAUUCAAAGACUGAUCCACCCGGACGAUUUCUACGCGUCCAAUCAGCCAUCGCUAAACAUUAUGGACGUGGAUGAUGGACAUAAGCAAGGUGAAAUGGAGACAAGUAUGGAAAAGGAUCCAGAUUUAGAGAAAACAACAGAAUAUGUAUAUUCUGAGCAUGGCAGAAAGCAUUUUAUACAGCGUGGACCAAUAAGGAUUACUGUGACAUCACAUUGCGGGUUGGUAAGGACAGCAUACCAACUCAUCGUCUUAUACUUACCACUCUCUCUGAAUACUUCAAAAUCCUUCUCCACAGGGAUGUAAAUGGCAUAAAGGAUGAAGCAGAGCUGAAUGAAGUAGAAUUUGAUGCAUUGUGCAAAAUACUGACAUUCGGUUAUACCGGUAAGAUUGAAAUUUCCAUGGAAAAUGUUGCUGAACUGUUCAUAGCUUCCUCCUACCUGCAGGUGGUUUUCGUGAAAGAGUCUUGUGAGAGAUACCUACUCGACAAUCUCGACAAGUCCAACUGCAUAAGGACAUGGUGCCUUGCUGACCAGUACAACGCCAUGAUGCUUAACAAGAAAGCUGUGCUGAUGUUUAUGAUGGAGUUUGAAAAUAUCAGCAGCACAGAGGAUUUUGUCACCAUGGUAACAAUGGAAAUGUUUCUGGGGGUGUUAGAACAAGAGGGACUUGUAGUUUCAAGAGAUGGGGUCAUUUUUCCACCUGCAGAACAAGAGGUUAGUCUACUAGAGGGUGUGCUUCACUACAUAGACAGUACCAAAUGUAGUACGGAAAAUGCAGUGUCUUUGCUUAAGACCGUCCGACUUCCUUUUAUAGAGCAUACAAUGAUCACGGAGCACAUGUCAAAGUAUCCUAGACUCUGCCAAAACAAUGCUGUGAAAAAACUUGUGGAUCCUGCCAAAACCUUUCAGGAAAGCUCCGAACCUCCACAGCAAACCUCCAGUAUCUGUGUUUCGCCGAGGAGGCCAAAGAUCAAUGGGUACAUGUAUGACCCAAAAACAUAUGCAGUAGGAGGUAAAGAUGGAAUACACUUUUUUCUAAUAAGCCACUUUGGUCUACCAAAACCAAGUAAAGAGGCACUUAUCACCUCAGUUGAUGUGCACUUAAGAUUUGGGUCACACUAUCCACCACAAGGCACAAUUGUAGGAGGUUUAACCUUCAGAUACUCGGACAACACGGUAACACAAGGUGGGCUGGCUGCUGGUUUUCCGUUUUGCACAAAGGUCGAGAGCUUCACCCUGCAAGAUUGUGAAUACAUCACCAAGGUUGUCAUAACGAGUGGAUGGAUGAUAAACAACAUCAAGUUUGAGACAAAUUUUGGCAAGAGUUACGGCCCCUGGGGAGGGGAGGAUGGAAAAGAGCACAUCUGUGUUGCACCAAAUAGAUAUCUACACAGUUUCGCUGGUAUUAACAUCAAUUUUGAUGGCUGUUCAGCUGUUCACCAAGUCCGCCUAGGAUGGGCAACACUUGAUGACACUGAACAGGAGCUUUAGAUGCGCGAUCUGUAUGAUAAGUUGAAAGUUAGGCCACCGAGAGAUGAGGACAACAAGCUUCAUGUUCAUGAUUAGGAUGAGGUUUAUGUUGAGAACGAGGUGAAUUAUAGCGAUGAAUAUAUCAACCUCUCUGACUAUGAAUGAGCUGAAACACUGGUCUGAAUAUCUGGGUUUUCUUGUGUUACCUUUACAUUGAUAUUCUAAAAUGACUUAUAAUGAAAUAUAUACAUGCAACAUGUGUAUGACAUACAUUCCGUUUUCAAGUUUUAUCGUGAUACAAUACAACGCGGAACCAUUUUUAUUUAUUGUGUGGGCUGCGUUGACUGAUGUCCGUCCGUUACCUUUUCCUUGUCAUCGCUCUCCUGCCUUCAUUCAUGAACAUGUCUUGAUGAAACUUGGUACAUAUAUUCCGUCUUUUCGUAUU